GAAGUGCCUGGCUUCCGGAAGUGCCUGGCUAGCUGACAGCGCUAGGCUUGCCUGAGCGCUGUAAGGGGCGAGGUUGCUGUUCUGUGGCUUAAGUGACUGCAGGAGGUCCGACUCGGGGUUGAGGUGGGCCCUUGGAGGAGCUGGGCGGCGGGAUGAUGGAGGAGGAGGAACUGGAAUUCGUGGAGGAGCUGGAAGCCGUGCUGCAGCUCACUCCCGACGUGCAGCUCGCCAUCGAGCAGGUAUUUCCAAGCCAGGAUCCUCUAGAUAGAGCCGAUUUCAAUGCUGUGGAGUAUAUCAAUACCCUGUUCCCAACGGAGCAAUCUCUGGCAAACAUAGACGAAGUUGUGAACAAGAUUAGACUGAAAAUAAGGAGACUGGAUGACAACAUUCGAACGGUUGUAAGAGGCCAAACAAAUGUGGGGCAGGAUGGCAGGCAAGCACUUGAAGAGGCCCAGAAAGCAAUUCAGCAACUUUUCGGCAAAAUCAAAGAUAUCAAAGACAAAGCAGAAAAAUCAGAGCAAAUGGUUAAAGAAAUCACCCGUGAUAUUAAGCAGUUAGAUCAUGCCAAACGCCACCUGACCACCUCAAUCACAACGCUGAACCACCUGCACAUGUUGGCAGGUGGUGUCGACUCCCUCGAAGCCAUGACCAGGCGAAGACAGUAUGGAGAAGUUGCUAACCUUCUUCAGGGUGUAAUGAACGUUUUGGAACACUUCCACAAGUAUAUGGGAAUUCCACAGAUCCGGCAGCUUUCUGAAAGGGUGAAAGCUGCCCAGACUGAGUUAGGACAGCAAAUUCUGGCCGAUUUUGAAGAAGCGUUUCCUUCCCAGGGCACCAAGAGGCCCGGAGGACCCAGCAAUGUCCUUCGAGAUGCAUGUCUGGUUGCUAAUAUUUUGGACCCCAGAAUCAAACAGGAUAUCAUCAAAAAGUUUAUUAAACAGCAUCUGUCAGAGUAUCUAGUACUUUUUCAAGAAAACCAGGAUGUUGCCUGGCUGGAUAAAAUCGACAGACGCUAUGCCUGGAUAAAACGCCAGCUUGUGGACUAUGAGGAGAAAUUCGGCCGAAUGUUUCCACGUGAGUGGUACAUGACUGAGAGGAUUGCAGUCGAGUUUUGCCACAUCACAAGGACAGAACUUGCCAAGAUUAUGCGUACAAGAGCUAAGGAAAUUGAAGUGAAAUUGCUUCUUUUUGCUAUUCAGAGAACAACUAACUUUGAGGGGUUUCUUGCAAAACGCUUUUCCGGCUGCACCCUGACAGAUGGAACCCUGAAAAAACUCGAGUCUCCACUCCUAUCCACCAAUCCCUUCCUGGAAGAUGAACCAACACCAGAGAUGGAGGAACUGGCAAUGGAGAAAGGAGAUUUAGACCAAAGAAAGAAGCCUAAAGCCCCAGACAAUCCAUUUCAUGGCAUUGUUUCCAAGUGUUUUGAGCCUCAUCUCUACGUGUAUAUCGAGUCCCAGGACAAAAACCUUGGAGAGCUGAUAGAUCGGUUUGUGGCCGAUUUCAAAGCCCAGGGACCACCUAAGCCCAACACUGACGAAGGAGGUGCCGUGCUCCCCAGCUGUGCUGACCUCUUUGUCUACUACAAGAAGUGCAUGGUGCAAUGCUCUCAGCUCAGCACUGGGGAGCCGAUGAUCGCUCUGACCACCAUUUUCCAGAAGUACCUCCGAGAAUAUGCCUGGAAAAUCCUUUCUGGCAAUCUGCCCAAAACCACCAGCAGCAGUGGAGGGCUGACCAUCAGCAGCCUCCUCAAGGAGAAGGAGGGCUCCGAAGCAGCCAAGUUCACUGUGGAGGAGCUCUGCCUUAUCUGCAGCAUCUUGAGCACGGCCGAGUACUGUCUGGCCACCACCCAGCAGCUGGAAGAAAAACUCAAGGAAAAAGUUGACGUUAGUCUGACAGAGCGGAUCAAUCUGACGGGAGAGAUGGAUACGUUCAGCACUGUCAUCUCGAGCAGUAUUCAGUUGCUGGUUCAGGAUCUGGAUGCUGCCUGUGACCCUGCCCUGACUGCCAUGAGCAAGAUGCAGUGGCAGAAUGUGGAGCACGUUGGUGACCAGAGCCCCUAUGUCACUUCUGUCAUUCUUCAUAUUAAGCAGAACGUCCCCAUCAUCCGUGACAACCUGGCUUCGACACGGAAAUACUUCACUCAGUUCUGCAUUAAAUUUGCAAAUUCCUUCAUCCCCAAGUUCAUCACCCACCUCUUCAAGUGCAAGCCAAUUAGUAUGGUGGGAGCAGAACAGCUGCUGCUGGACACCCAUUCCCUGAAGAUGGUCCUGCUUGAUCUACCUUCCAUCGGCUCGCAGGUGGUGAGGAAGGCACCUGCCAGUUACACUAAGAUUGUUGUGAAAGGCAUGACCCGGGCGGAAAUGAUCCUCAAGGUAGUGAUGGCUCCUCACGAACCGUCGGUGGUGUUUGUUGACAACUACAUCAAACUGCUUACGGACUGCAACACAGAAACCUUCCAGAAGAUACUGGACAUGAAGGGGCUAAAGAGGAGCGAGCAGAGCAGCAUGCUGGAACUCUUCCGCCAGAGGCUCCCCACGCCGCCCUCAGGGCCCGAAAGCUCCAGCUCACUGUCCCUUCUGACGCCCACACCGGAGCAGGAGUCAUCGCGCAUCCGCAAACUGGAGAAACUCAUUAAAAAGAGACUGUAGGAGCAGACAAGGGGCACUUGUUCCCCCUGGUCCGUGGCCCUCAGUGUCCAGCUCCCUGGAAGCCCCCACCUCCCCUGUGCUCACCCUGACUCUCAGAUCCUGAAUCUUGAAACUCCCUGGGACGUUGGGGUGGUUCGUGUGUCUCUCCCAUGCCCUGUCUUAAUUCCUGUCCUAAUCGGAGAAGCCGAGUCAGGGCCGGGUUACAAAGAGGCGGUUUCGGGGGUCUCUGAUUCCUGCAGCAGAGACAGCACUGAGUGAAAUGUCCCCGCGCUUCAUUUGCUGUUUCCGGGCUGCUCUCGACUGGUCCAGCUGUCACUGACGGUAGCCUCCCUCCGCAGUCACACCCUCUGGCAUGUGGCCCUGUUCCCCACCACGCCCCGGUCCAGGAAACUUGAGUGACGAAGCCUGGACCUCACCCCCCCUUCCUCUGCUGCUGUUUGAGGUUGGCUGUAGGGCCUGAGCUCAUGAAAUGGCAGAUGACACGUGUGGGACACUAGCCUUUCUUUAUGAAGGAAAUGGAAGCAGGAGCACUCUUCCGUGUAAAUCCCAGUUUGGAUCCAUAUUUCGCUUCCAUGACACGGUCAAUUCUCCCAGUCUUCUCAUUUUGCAGUCAUCUCCAGGUCCCUCUCCAUGUACAGCGAAGGGAAGAUUUCCUCUGUCUCUCACCCAGGAGGACUGUGUGCUCCAGGCCUGGGAAGCAGGUGACCUCUCUGCUGCGGGGCUCCUGGCCUGGGUGUGGGACAGACCCAAAACUGACAGGGAGAGGGUUCUGCUCAGUGCUCUCACAGUGUGAUCUAAGAGGGUGAUUGUCUCGGUUUCUUUAUUCCCACUCUGCACCUGACUCCUAGGGGAGGGAUUGCCUUCUGGGGAGGGAAACCAGGAAGUUUUCCUAGGAAACAGUGUCCUACGCUUUCUCCUCAGAUGAAGCUAUGAGAGCCCAGGAGCCCCUUCCUAACCAUUCAUUUUCACACCCAAGGUACUUUCCAGAUCACCUGAAAUUACAAAGGUAAUGUGCAAUGCCAGAGUGGCAUGUUACUUUAUCACUAAUGAAAAAGAACCCAGAUCCAUGGAUACCUAAGGAACAGAACACUGACCUUAAACACCGCCUCAGAACCUGCCCCCUGGCCCGCCCCGUCCUGUCCACCAUGGGCUCUUGGCCAGCACAGCUUGACAGAAGAGAAUUGCCUCACAGAACGGUUUCAAUCCUGGCAUCACGGGCAUGGGCAGCGUAGUUGCCCUGAUUCACUUGGUUCCCUGGAAACCAAGCCUCCGUUAGCUGUGACCGUGGCCUCUGGGUGACCGCUGUUUGUUCAGGAAUUGUGAACAAUUUGUUGACCAGGUAGGGCCCACACUAAGGAGGAAGGUGGAACUCUUUACAGAGAACACCCAAAGCAGGCCUCAGGAUAAAAUUAGGAUAUCAGAUCUUGCUCAGGACAGAGGAAGUUUCCUAAAAAUCCUGAAACUUGUGACAGCGAUACAGUGGGAGACUUUCAGGUUUGAAAACCUGACUUGUCUUCUGCACUUGUCUUCUGUUCCCCUUCCUUCUCCGUCAGCCGUUCGCCCAGACCCAGUCCACCGGUCCCAGCUCUGAUUGUGGGCCUCAUUUCUUCAUCAGCCUCCAGCCUGUUCUUGCUAGUCUGACUCUUAGGUAUUGAGCAUCUCAAACUCAAGAACACUGAGAAGAAAGCAGGUGGUGGGAGAAAGAGGUAUGGCCUUCGGCUGAGCUCAAUUAGUAAGAGAUGGCUGAAUAGGAAGAGUGUAGGAAGGGUGGGCAGGGGGUUGGGAGAGCACCUGGCAGCUCAGCAGGUAGAUUUCACUGCUCCCAGCCAGUCUUCUUGUCGCACCCGCGAAGUCACACAGCCGGCACUAACUGAGGUUAACAUUCUCUUCCCGCUUUUGGACAAAAGGGACAGUGGGCCCAUUUCCAAAGAGCACAGUCACUUCAGCCGUCUGUCGUCCUCCUGGGGAUCCAGGAAAGCCAGUGGGCUGCUGCACCUGGCUCUUGUCACUCUCAGUGUUUACAGAUUCGUGGUUCGUUCGCAAAGGGUCAACCUCUGGCCGUCGCCAUAAUGGCAUUGACGUGUCAAGCCCUGUUUUCUGCCGGUUGGUGGUCAUAGUCAGGGAAGUUGUCUCCUGGAGUUAUUAUACUGUCAGUAAUCUCCAAGGAGUCAACAGCUGUCAGCAGGAGUUACGUUAAAUGUCUCCUUGCUGGCGUCUGAAUGCUGUGUGCGCCUCUCGUAAGGACAGACCAUGUUCCUCCACUGGGGGAAUGCAUCAGAACCACCUGAGGCUCUGUGUACAGAUUCAGAUGCCUGAAGAUUGUGAGCUAGUAAGUCUGGAGUGGGGCCUGGCGUGGAGGUUGAAAAGUUCCAUAGGUAUUAUAGUGUUUUCACCUUGUUAUGAACCAUUGCAAUAGAGAGAAAUUUGGUUUAUUCAACGGUUCCUAUAGCACAUUUUCAUCAAUGUGCAUUUUUUUCUGGCUCUCUAAGCAAGCGUAAUUACUGUACAGCUGAGCUGUUACCAACAUGGUAAAGAUUCUCUGCUGAUAACCAGCAGUUUAAUUUUAAACUUGUGUUGCUAGUAGGGACCAGGCCAGAAAUGGUGCCGUCCCCAUACUGACAAGAUUCUUCCUGUUUUGAUGACCCAGCCCCAAACAGAAGGUUUAUUUAUUACUGUCCCUUCAAAAUAAUAUAUCUAAAGGAGCACACAUUGAUAAAAACGGUAACUUAACAACUCUGUUAUUAAGCUAAACUUAGAGAUUGUUCGUUCCACUUUCGGUAGCUCCUUUAAAAAAAAAAACUUUGAAGUUGCUUUAUGUGGUUAAAAUAAAUAUUAGUAAUUUAUACUUGAUAAAGAGUUUGCGGCUGCUCUUAUUAUGGACAGACUUCCUGAGAGCUGGCUUAGAGGUGCCCAGGCUGGAGGAAGUUCUGUUUGGAUCAUAAUACUGCAACGGGAACCACAAAGGACCAUGAAGGGUGUUUGGACCUCCAGAUUCAGUUCUGGAAUUGAAGCUAUCGCCACGCCUCCCUCAUUGAAGAACAAAGCCAGUACCUAGGACUCUGCCCGGCCCCCAGAAAAGGGUGCCUGCUUUCCUGUGCCUAAGUUGGCUCCUCAGUGCCGACCAAACAGGACUGAGCGCAGACUGCCAAAGACCAUGUGCCAGUUAUGGGGCAGGCAGGGCGAGCGCACAGGUCUGAGGCUGCUGCCCGAUCCGCGGGAUGUGCCCCCAGCUCAUCCUGAAUUGCCACUGGACAAGGAAACCUAGUUCCCUGUUUAUGGAAUGCUAGGGAAAAUGCCAAAAGCUCACAGCUGGAAAUUCAAUUCCUCUCCCUAGGAAGAGAAAUCUCCAAAAUAACUAGCUAGCUUGAGGGUGAAAGCAAGUGUUUCACACUUCUUGUCUACUCCACAUGAGAUGGCUAAAAAUAAAAUUAUGAGAACUGCUUUGGGCCACUUAAACAAUGCCUUGGGAACAUUGUCAUAUGAAAAGCUAGCAUGUGUAAAGAAUACCGUUGCAUUUUAUACAGUAAAAAAGUUGCCGGUCUCAUUCUAGUGGUUAUCAGAAUAGAUAGCCUCUCGGACCCUCAAAGUGCUAUACCUGUGGGACAGAUCCGUUUCCUUAAAAUAAAGAGAUUGCUUUUUCGUGUAAAUAUCUUUCAUUUUCCCCAUCUGGAAGUAAUUUCUUGGUGCAUAUUGGAGCAUAAAAUACUACAGUUAAUUAAAGCAUUACUGGAUGUCA